AUGGCUCCUGAACUGUUAUGUAGUUCAAAUCCACCAGAAUAUUCGAGUGAUGUCUACUCAUUUGGUGUCGUGUUUAAUGACGUUAUUCAAGAAGAAGAACCAUAUGCAGACCAAUUUCGAAACUUCCUCGGGCGAGGACCCUUUGCAGCUGUGCUACAUCAGGCAAUCGACCAACAAAUCUAUCUCAGUAGUAGCACCAGUAUUCGAUCCACCGUUAAUAGCCAACAAAAACAUGAUGCUUCUGAUCUUCUUGUUGUGCGCACAUUGGCAUCGGCUCACAUGAAUGCUAGUGAUGAUGAUUUACCUGGUUUAACAGAUUCAACUGUUCAAGAUCUUUCUCAUCGUCGAGAACAGCUUUUUUCUGCUUAUCUUUCUCCUCAACAAGCGUUGGUUAAUGUUUUACAAUCUCCUAGUGUUAGUCAAUUAUUAUUUCAUCACGUUGAUGAUGAUCCACUAGCGAUACCACUAUUAUUUCUUAAUACGUUACCACCUGAAUUACGAAAUGUGAACUCUCUAUGA